AUGUACGGCCCUCCAGUGGAUCUGUCAUUUAAAGAUAUCAAUAGUAUUGCAGGUGCGUUGGUGGAGGAACCUCGAAGUGGCCUGCGGCCUUUGAACACAAACUCAGAGGGGAAGUACCUGAGCCGAAGUUUGCGAAUCAGUUACAACAACAUCACUGACCUCACUGACCUCCAGAAUGUUCUCGACCACUUCCUGGCUCGACCAUCUCAGAUCGGCUGGCUGGACCUGUCCUUUAACAGAAUCACUCACAUAGAUCCGGUUUUGUGCGAGCUGCGCGAACUGCGUGUGUUGUAUCUUCAUGGCAACGGCAUCUGGAACCUGUCAGAGGUCGACAGGCUGAGGGAGCUGCAGUAUCUGCACACAAUCACGCUUCAUGGAAAUGUCAUAGAAACCAACAGAAAGUACAGGAAUCAUGUGAUUUCUGCCCUGCCUCAGUUGAAGACCAUGGAUUUCAGUGUUGUGACACGCGGGGAGCGAGUCUUGGCAAAUAUUUGGCGUCACUGCAGCAACCAAGGCGAGAACACCGAGGAGAGUCUCCAGUGA